AUGGCUUCUCUCAAGUCACCAACUUCUCUUGUUGCAGCUUUACUAUGCUUCUUGCUGCAAUUUUCCAUGAUCAAGGCUCACUACGCAAGCGAAGGCAUCGAUUCAGAUUUGAGCGAACGGAGCCUAAUUGUCGUAAAAAUCUGGUGUUUGGUGAUCAUAUUCUUGGGAACAUUUGUAUGUGGAUUGAUUCCACUGCUUUUCAGGUCAAAAUCCAAGGUUUUGGUACUUGGUAACUCGUUUGCUGCUGGCGUGUUCCUUGUAAUAUCAAUGCAUUUCUUGCAAGAUUCGGCCAAUGUGUCGGAUGAUUAUACGGAGGGUUCAUCUUUUUUACCUUUCAUAUUUGUGCUGAUCGGAUAUGUUUUCAUAUUAUUGGUGGAGUCGUUUUUGUUCAAGGCUAAGAAAGAGGAUGGAGAAACUCAGGCUCUUGUUCGAGUGGAGGCAGGGAUCAAAGAAGGGGAGUCUGUGAGUGAUAACAUUAGUAGUAAUCCGAGAUUAGUGAGCAAAGCUGCAGUUGAAGCGGCUGUUGUUAUUAUUUUGGGACUGUCUUUGCACUCAGUUUUUGAGGGAUUCACCAUUGGUUUAGCAGAACGCGAUAGAUAUGCCUGGAGAUAUUUGUGGACAAUUGGCAUUCACAAGGUUGCGUCGGGACUGUCACUGGGAAUUGUUGUGCUCAGAAUGCAACCGAAAAGGCCAAUAUUGACAAGCAUUGCAUACUCAUUUGCUUUCGCCAUUUCAACUCCCAUUGGAAUAAUAAUCUCACUAAUUAUCAAAAAAGCUGCUCAAGAUGGGACUGCUGAUUGGGUCUAUGUUCUAACACAGGCCGCGGCUUCUGGAGUGUUCCUCCAUGUCUCCAUUUAUCAUCUCCUUGCCAAAGGCUUUAGCCCACAAGAUCAAUCUGCUCACACCACUCCUUUUAGAAGAUUUUUCGUCUUGUGUCUGGGGAUAGGGGUUGUCACCAUUGGUUUGAUUUUCGAUUAG